AAAGCAGGAAGGACAACAUGAGUUGGACGCAUUCGGGAAGUAGAAGGGAUUCCACAGACUGGUCAAAUAAGCAGCAAGAUUUAAAUGUAAUAAUAUUAGAGGAAUUAUGGGAAUUUAAAAAGUUCUUCAAGGCGGAGAUAAGGGAAGAGCAGAAAAGCCUAAGGGAAGAAAUAAGACUGGACUUGCAGACAGAAAUCUAUGGUUUAGGGAAGAAGAUUGAUAGUUUGAACACUGAAUUUAAAGAGAUUAAGGAAGAAGUCCAACUUACGGUAAGGAAGACGAAGGACUUGGAAAAUAAAAUUGAAGAGAUAGCGAAGAUACAAAGCAAAGAAGAGAGAAUUUUAUGGGGGCAAGAAAAAAAACAGCGGGAUAGAGCCAUAAAAAUUAGAGGUCUCCCAGAAACGGAAGGAGAAAACUUGGAGGAAAGAAUUAUUCCGGCCUUAGCAAAUUUUUUGGACUCUCCUGUGGAUUUGAUCAAUGUGCAAAUUGAUAAGUUGUUUAGAAUUUUCUCUAAAGUAGCCCAAGAGAAAGGGCUGCCACGUGACAUAGCAGUCGGCUUCAACAACGCGAGGAUUAGAGAGAGGGUUAUUCAGAAAAACUUCAAUGAAAGCUUGGUUAUUGAUAAUGUGGAGGUGGAGAUCUAUAGGGAUCUACCUUUACCUAUAUUGAAGCAAAGACAGCAAUACAGGUUCCUCACUUCGUUAUUGCAGAGGAGGAACAUUAGUUAUAGAUGGGGGAAUGUAGAAGGGGUUGUCUUUAUGUUCAAAGAAAGACGUUUUAAAAUUAACUCAUUGGACAAGGCAAAGGAGUUUUAUAAGAGACUGCUCCAAAACGAGGAAAAAGGAGAAGAAGAAACACAAAACCCCUCUUUAGAUGUUAUAAGAGAAUUUACCCCAUCUAAGAAAGGAAAAGACUUGUCGGAAGGAGGAGGUGAUUUGGAUAAAGGAAAUCCGAAAGAAAACAUACUGAAUACUGAAAAGGAUUUAUUGUUGGGAGAGUUGGAUCUAGAAUAAGAAGCCAUAAAUUAAAAGAAGAAAUGGGCUAUGAAACAAAGUGGUGCCGAAGAGUGUGUCCAAAGAAAAGGGAAAUUGAAAAGGCUAAAAGUUGUAACCAUGAGUUUACCUUUAACUGUAAAGAGUUGUAUACAAUUUUAAGUUUGUAUGACCUUAAAUUUGGAUGUCAUAUGCAAGUUACCUUAGGAAUGUGCAGAAUUAGAUCAUGAAACUAUCAUUAUUGAAACUAAGGGAAUUGACCAAACAUACAAAAGAUGAGUGAUAAAGAUAAUUGUGUUACAUACUAAACGUUGUAACAAAGUUGAAUUAGUUUAUUCCAAGCUUUGUUACUUUCCAAGUCCGGGGCAGAAGGAAGUUUAUUUAUGAAGGGUUCAUUAAGAUUAGACAAGAUAUGUUUAACUAUUAGUGGUUAUA